CUUACGGUCUUAUUCAUAAUCAUUUUUCACAUUUUAUCAAAUGCUUAUUAGAGGUUUAUAAAACGUUUGAUAAAAAUUGUUAUUCAUAAUCGUCAUUUAGCGCUAAAAUCCUCUUAUAACUGUGUGAUAAGUUAUCGAGAGCUCGGGCCUUGUUUAAAGCUCUAAUAAACCUAUUUUAACCUAACUUUUAUAAAUGUCAUUUCAUAUGAAUGUCACUUCGUUGGUUUAUUUAUUCAAAAUAUCCUUGCUGUGAUCCUUGCUUGUGAAAAUGAAUGCUAUAAAUGCAAUUGUGCAUUUAGCCAAUAAUGCCGACCCAGCGCGACGUAGAAAGCUCUACCGCCAACGAAGCAACCCAUUCGAUUUGCGGGACCUAAAUUUUAAAAUAAAAUAUAGGUUCAAUAAGGACACAGUGCGCACCAUCAUAGAUUUGGUGGAAGAUGAUCUGGUUCAGAGCGCUAGAGGUGGUGGCACGUGUCCUGAACUGCAAGUUUUAGUGGCCAUAAGAUGUUGGGGACGUCGUGAGGUACAAGAUGAUGCUGGUGACCUCCAUGGCCUAAGUCAGCCGACAGUGAGCCGGAUAUGCGCCAGAGUCGCGCAUGCAAUCGCGAAUAAGGCAAAUUCCUUCAUCAAAAUGCCUAUCACUAUAGGAGAGCAGGAAAGAAUUAGUGCCAAAUUUAGAGCAAUUAAAAAUUUUCCUGGGGUGAUAGGAGCCAUAGAUUGCACCCACAUUAAAAUUAAAAAAACCGGAGGUGACAUGGCCCAGUACUAUAUUAAUAGAAAAGGCUAUUAUUCCCUGAAUGUUCAGGUUGUCUGUGAUGCUGACCUCAAAAUAAUGGAUAUAGUGGCUAGAUGGCGAGGCAGUACACAUGACAGUCGAAUUUUUAUGGAGAGCAAUAUAAAACAACGAUUUGAGGAUAGGCAGUUUAGAGGACGCCUUAUUGGCGAUUCGGGCUACCCUCUUCUGCCAUAUCUAUUUACACCUAUUUUAAGGCCUAGUCGUCCAGAAGAAGAAGCAUACAAUAAUGCUCACAUCUCAACUAGGAACACUGUUGAAAGGUGUUUUGGGGUGUGGAAGCAGCGGUUCCAAUGCCUACUCCAUGGCUUACCAGUAAGCCUCCAAAAUGGAAAAGCUGUGAUCAUAGCAUUGGCUGUAUUACAUAAUAUAGCCAUUGAUAUGAAUGACACAUUGUUAGAACAACAUAUGGAGCAGGUCCCUGUAACUCCGCAACUUUCGACGGAGAACAGUGUUCACGACAACCGACCUUCAUUGUUGAGGCGUAGGUCGCAGUUGAUACUACAAAAUUUUAUAAAUCAACAUUUUUGAAUGAUACUGUUCCUGGCAUCUUAAUGAAAAUAAAAAGAAUAUUUGAUUGAAAAA